AUGAUCUUUCCGUUGCUGACGGUGGAAGAGAACCUGGCCGUGCUUGGUGUGUGCGUUGUCCGCGCUCGCCGCGGGCGAUACCCGGCUGAUGUGUACGAACUCUUUCGGUGCUCAGGACAUGCCUCGCGCCGCGGCGGCGACCUGUCGGGCGGCCAGCAGCAACAGCUCGCGAUCGGGCGUGCGCUGGUGUUGGGGCCGAAGUUCCUGAUUCUCGACGAACCCACGGACGGCAUUCAGCCGAACGUCGUGCAGCAGAUCGGCGACGUCGUUGUGCGCCUGAACCGCGACCUCGGCAUGACGGUGUUGCUGGUCGAGCAGAAACUGCCGUUCGUGCGCCGCGUCGCGGAUCGUUUCGCGAUCAUGACCAAGGGCGCGAUCGUCGCGGACGGCCCGUUGGACGCGCUCACCGAUGCGUUGAUCGAGGAGCACCUCACCGUAUGA